AUGACUAAACACAAUAUAACUACGUUUAGCGCCCAAGUAAAAUAUUAUUCAUGAAGCAAGGCCAGAGGUAAAACGUAUUUAUUAUUUAGUGACGUAAAUAACAGAUUGAGACGUACAUAAACGUGCGUACUGCUACGCUAACGUCAGCGUGUUUACCUAAACAUAAGUGAACGACUCAACUUCAGGAUGAACGCUUUACUCGUUGCUGUGCUGAUUUUUAUAGGAUGUGAUUGCAGCGUGAUAACAGUGAUUACUACUUCAACAUGUCCAGUCAAUAACGGAAGUGUUGCCAAUGGAGAUAUCACGUCAGGAUGUGGGAACGCGGUGGGGACGCCGUGUGACUACACGUGUAAGGUUGGGUUCUCUAAGAUUACAGAGAAGGUCGUGUGUGGAACCGACAGCUUUUGGUAUCCAAGAAUUGCUUGCCAACCCAUGACAACAACAACAGCAACAACAACAACGACAAAAACGACAACACCAGUCUGCAUGACCAGCGCGAACGCCAUACCGUAUGGUUCCCUCGAUACAAGCUGCGUCAACCCGAAUGCUGUUUCCACGUGCGGUUUCAGUUGUCAGCCGGGAUACACGCAACUGCAGAUGACGGUCACGUGUGGCAAUGAUGCUAGUUGGUACCCCGCUAAUCCGUGCCAAGCACAAAAUGUUACUACCGACACAUGCGUGGACCGACACAUCUGGCUCGGAGACGGGUCUGUUGAAUGUAGCGCCCUGGAAAUAGCCAGCACGGCGGGCGUGCACAAGAGACCCGCCUACUGGUGCAACUCCUACCCGCUCACGUACUGUUGUGCCACGUGCAAACGUCUCAGGGAGGCAGGAAACUUCAAGUGAAGAAGAGUCCCUUCUACUUUUUAUUGAUGUCAAUGAAGUAUUGUAUACAUUUGUAUUUGUUGUAAAUAAACGACAAAAAUAUUACUUUCCA